AAAAUAUAAAAAAAUUAAAAGCACACGCUUUUCCCAAAGAUGUUUUUAGUGUUUUUUAUUUUCAAGAAUAUAAAACAGAUAUCAGCAACAGACUCUAAGAUUAGAAUUGGAUGGAAAUCUCUAAAAUGCCUUACACAUGCUUCCCUAUCUUCCGCUUUUUGUUUAAAAAUAUGUCUAGAUCUUUUAGGACUUUUCUAGUACCUUUGGCUUUCACACACACUCCACUGAUGUGACACAAAGAUCUAAGUAGGGGUGAAAGAGAUUUUCUGGGCAAUCGCAUAAGGGAGGUCCACAACCUUGAGCAACCAAUUUCGAAGAUUGAGAAGCUGUUUCGAGUCCAAGUCAAAACCCGCAUCUUUGCGAUUCUGGACCUCCUAUACCCUACACCAGCAAUGGCGAAUCUUCCUAUGUUCCUCACCCUCAUCUCACUUCUACCAUUUCUAUGCUACUCCUUCUCUCCCGAAAACCCCACGGAUCGCCGCAUUCUAGUCGUCCUCGAUGACAUCGGCCUCAAAUCUUCCCACUCCAUCUUCUUCAAAUCUCUCCAAACUCGCGGUUCAGAACUCGACUUCAAGCUUGCAGACGAUCCGAAGAUUUCUCUUCAAAGAUACGGCCAAUAUUUAUAUGAUGGAUUGAUUCUAUUUUCCCCGACAACCGAGCGGUUUGGAGGGUCAUUGGACCUGGGUGCUAUUCUCGAUUUUGUUGAUUCUGGUCAUGACUUAAUUAUAACUACUGAUGCAUCUGCAUCUGGUUUGAUCCGGAGUAUCGCGACGGAGUGCGGCGUUGAUUUUGAUGAGGAUCCGUCGGCUAUGGUUAUUGAUCACACCAGCUAUGCAGUGUCAGACACCGAAGGAGACCAUACAUUGAUUGCUAGUGAUGAUUUCAUUCAGUCCGAUGUCAUUCUGGGAAGCACCACAAUUGAGGGUUGUGUGAAACAGGCCCCUGUACUUUACAAAGGGAUUGGACAUUCAUUAAAUUCUGCCAACAGCCUGGUUUUGAAAGUUCUUUCAGCUUCUCCUUCAGCAUAUUCUGCUGACCCAAACUCCAAGUUGUCAAGUCCUCCAUUGUUGACUGGAUUGGCUAUUUCAUUAGUUUCAGUUGUGCAAGCUAGAAACAAUGCUCGGAUCAUGAUCUCUGGUUCUUUAGAAAUGUUUAGUAAUCGACUGUUCCAGUCUAGUGCUCAGAAAGCUGGGAGCUCAAAUAGGUAUGAGAAAUCAGGUAAUGAACAGUUUGUGACUGAACUUAGCAAAUGGAUUUUCCAUGAAAGGGGUCAUCUAAAGGCUGCAAAUGUCAGGCACCACAAAGUUGGGGAAACAGAUGAACCUGCAAUGUACAGGAUCAAUGAUGACCUUGAAUACUCUGUUGAGAUCCAUGAAUGGUCUGGUAAGAGCUGGGAACCAUACGUAUCUAAUGAUGUUCAAAUACAGUUCUACAUGAUGAGCCCCUAUGUAUUGAAAACCCUGUCAAGUGACCAGAAGGGUAAAUACUUUACAUCAUUCAAAGUGCCCGAUGUUUAUGGGGUCUUCCAGUUUAAGGUCGAGUAUCAGAGACUUGGAUACACUAGCUUGUCUCUCUUGAAGCAGAUUCCAGUCCGGCCCUUCAAACACAAUGAAUAUGAAAGAUUCAUAAAAACAGCAUUUCCCUAUUAUGGAGCUUCAUUUUCUGCUAUGGCAGGGUUCUUCAUCUUCACCAUUGUCUACCUGAUUGCUGACGGUUUUCAUUCCCGCCACCAAAGACCAGUUAUAAGGAAGUUAGCCGGGGCAAAGUUCGAUCGUAUUGUCUCCAUUACCAUUUUCAUAUUUAACGCACUUGUAAUGAUCUUACAUUGUCAUCAUUCAUUGUUGGCUCUUGCUGCCAAAAGCUUCAAUGAAGAGGUAGGGAGCUUUAAAAUCCCGAGGUCUCACCAUACCAUAUAUUGUGCUGCGGAAUAUCAUGUAGGUAUAGGGAAAAUUAUGAAGCUUUCCUUUUAACUACAUAAGAAUAUCAAGAGAUUUGAGCUCCUGUGUAA